UCUCAGACUUCUCCUCUCCACACAGUCAGAGUGAACUGCGGGGGCAGACGGAGUGGAUUGCAACAGUCCUCCUCGACAGCGGAAAGAACCUCAAAUAAGGAUUGUUUUAUCGAGCUCUAUCGACUCACAACUCCCCCUUUUGUUAUAAUUGUCGCCCACUUCUUUUUGGAAUUCGACAAACAGAACUUUUCGCUUCUCUUGAGUUUGGAGAGACGUUUUUUUCAGAUAUGGACAGUCGGCGACCCGCUGCAGGGAGCGACUGGCCGGUGUUCACUCUGUAGUCACGGGAAUAAAACCGAAAACUCGCCUUCUGGGACUUUUUACUGGAUGUUUGAUGAAGUGCUUCGCAAAUUUGGUCAGUUCUUUGACACCGUGGAUUUACCAGGUUCAGAAACGGAUAGAUACUCGUGAUUCCCAGUCGACGACUAGAAGGAUUUACGCUUCUAAAGUUGAAGGAAAAACAUGGAGACUGUAAAUCGGCAGAGCUUCCAGCCUCAUCCGGGACUGCAACAAACUCUCAAGCAGUUUCACAUCAGCUCUAUGAGCUCUCUUGGUGGACCGGCGGCUUUCUCUGCCCGGUGGCAACAUGAGCUCCACUUCAAGAAGGAGGGUAAGGAGCCCGAGCCGGUCCUGCAGCAUCUGCCGCCGCCGGUGAUGCCGGGCCCGCUGUUCAUCCCGUCGGACCGCUCCACGGAGAGGUGCGAGACGGUGCUGGAGGGUGAGACCAUCUCGUGCUUCGUGGUCGGCGGGGAGAAGCGACUGUGCCUGCCGCAGAUCCUCAACACGGUGCUGCGGGACUUCUCCCUGCAGCAGAUCAACUCGGUGUGCGACGACCUGCACAUCUACUGCUCGCGGUGCACGGCGGACCAGCUGGAGAUCCUCAAAGUCAUGGGGAUCCUGCCCUUCUCGGCGCCGUCCUGCGGCCUCAUCACCAAGACGGACGCGGAGCGGCUCUGCAACGCCCUGAUCUACGGAGGCGCCUACCCGCCGCGCUGCAAGAAGGAGCUGAGCGGAGGCUCGCUGGAGCUGGAGCUCACCGAGAGGAGCUUCAAAGUCUACCACGAGUGUUUCGGCAAGUGCAAUGGCUUGUUCGUGCCGGAGCUGUACAGCAGCCCCAACGCAGCGUGCAUCCAGUGCAUGGACUGCAGACUCAUGUACCCGACCCACAAGUUCGUGGUGCACAGUCACAAGGCACAGGAGAACAGGACUUGCCACUGGGGCUUCGACUCGGCCAACUGGAGGGCGUACAUCCUCUUGGGCCAGGAUUACUCGGGGAAAGAGGAGAAGGUUCGUAUGGAGCAGCUCCUGGACGAGAUCAAGGAGAAAUUCGACUUCGCCAACAAGUAUAAGAGGAAAGCAUUGUCCAGGACCUCCAAUCCCAUCCCGAUCAAAAAGUCCAAAUAUGACGACUUUCCAUCGCAAGUCCUGCUGGCGGACAAAGAGAAGCAGCACGACUGGCUCCAGUCCCUGUCCGCCUCCAAUAAGGGGCUUAACUGCAUUCAGCCCAGACAGAGGCCUUCAGCUUUCAGACCCUGGUCCCCCCACGUCUCUGCUGGUGACAAGGAACCAUCCAGUCACCCCCUGGCCCUGCUGAGAGACAGCUUCUACAACUACAAGAGCAUGGAGAAAGCUGUGGCCCCCAAUGUCGCCCUGGCACCACUGGCCCUGGGGAAGGUGGAUCCCAUGUCCCCGUCGGUACCCAGCACCUCCCAUCCAAGUGGGGGCGAACCCCCAGGCGAGGGUGCCAACUCCAGGCCUCGCAAGAGGAGAGCCACAGAGGACCUCCAGCCUCCGGGGCCAGAGGCCCCCUGCCCUCCGUCCUCAGCUGCCAGCAAGCCACCGGCACCACUGGUGCCUCAGGACGACAGGGACUCUGAGGUGGAGAUCGAAGUGGAGAGCCGCGACGAAUUCACUUCGUCCCUGUCCUCCCUGUCGUCACCAUCCUUCACCUCCUCCAGCAGCUCAGCCAAGGACCUGAGCUCGCCCGGUGUCCAAGGGCCCAUCUGCACCGUCAUGUCGGUCGAGGGCACCGCACCGGCAGCCGCACCCGCCGCCCCCGCCGUGACCCCGUCAGAGCUGGGACUGGAGUCAGAGCUGGAGAGCCUGAGGCAGGCUCUGGACAGCGGACUGGACUCCAAAGAGUCAAAGGAGAAGUUUCUGCACGAGAUUGUUAGGAUGAGGGUGAAGCAGGAGGAGAAGUUGGGAUCGGCCUUGCAGGCCAAACGCAGCCUCCAGCAGGAGCUGGAGUUCUUGAGGGUGGCCAAGAAGGAGAAACUGCGGGAGGCGACCGAGGCAAAGCGAAACCUGAGGAAGGAAAUUGAGCGCCUGCGAGCCGAGAGCGAGAAGAAGAUGAAGGAAGCCAACGAGUCGCGGGUCCGCCUGAAGCGGGAGCUGGAGCAGGCCCGGCAGCUGAGAGUGUGCGAUAAAGGCUGCGAGGCCGGGCGUCUUCGUGCAAAGUACUCGGCACAGAUCGAGGACCUCCAGAUGAAACUGCAGCACGCCGAGACGGACCGCGAGCAGCUCCGAGCCGACCUGCUGCAUGAGCGGGAGGCCAGGGAGCACCUGGAGAGGGUGGUGAAAGAGCUACAGCAUCAACUCUGGCCCAAAUCCCACAGUGACAAGGAGGGGGCGCCCAAGGACACGCCAGCCGACAACUAAUCCAGCAGCCAACCUCGCCGCCAACCAUUUGCCCAGCCCCCCCCAUCACCACAAUCCCUAACAUCCUCUGCCCAAAUCAGACCAUAAACACACCCAGCCACCAGCCGGCCACAUCGCACCACUGUCCAUCCCGCUCGCCCUCCAGAACGCAAUGAUGAAAGACUCUCGAUCAGAGAGAAGAAACAAGGACCUGUCUCCUCAUCCAUGAAAAGUCAAGUGAGCGGUUUCCUUGGACUGGAAAUGGCAAAGUACAAUGCUGCAUCAAGGAAACAGGUGUUUCUAAAUCAAGCACUGACUCGCACCUUCCAAACUCACAGAACUACACGAAUGAAAGAAAAGCAGCACAACAUGUGAUUGUGCCUGACAAGAAAAUGAGGUGAGACUUUGGGACAGACGUCUGUGAUAAUAAAUGCUGAGAGAUGAUCAUAUUAUAUUGGAGUUUUACAGAUGUUGAGAGGUGUUACAGAGGUGCGUCCAGGAAGGCGGGGACUCACGCUCAGCCCACACUUCCCCAAAAAGUCUCUGCCACCGUCCCUUGCCAUGACGAAGAUAAUGGAGGAUUUGGAAGACAUUCUAAGCUAUUUAAGAGACUACAUAGCGAAAUGUAAAGACAGAAAGGACAGUUUCUUUAUCUCUCUGUGCUAUUGAAGUUUGAAAAAUAUAAAAGAUAGAAAUGAAUCAGAAGAUGAACAAAACAAGCAAAUGAACUUCCCACAGUGCCACCGUGGUUUUGUCGGGUUUUUUUCAGGAAGCCAUCCCAGUCCACUGAGGGGGAAAGCAUUGAGUUCAAAGUUCAAGCGACCCGUCUUUUCCUCCCAUUGUUGUUUUUUAAAAUCAUAUAUUUCUCCGAGCAGUGGGUGGGCUUGUAUUUGGGCUGAUAUUUUUCUCUGGGUUGGGAAUUGGAAAUAAAAACAUGCUGUGUUAAAGGCACCUUUCUAGAGAGCACUUGUUUUGGAUGAUCGAUACCAAUAUCCGACAGUCUCAGUGUUGCUCCACUAAGUCACACACUGGUUGCCGUUUGAUAUUUUAAGCAUUUGGGUCAAAACCCUGAAGUGUGUAUCUUGUAAAGAUAAAAUACUCCAGAUGUGAGCGGGGCCUUGUUUUCUGGUCUUGUAACGCUCGAGUGAUGAAAGCCGGCAUGUUUUUUUACUCCAACUGACAUCAGACACCAUCAUCUAUGACAUCAUAGUGGGCUGGAUGGGGCGCCCUUGGCAAGAACCGCAAAAUGUUCAUUUUAAUUAAAUUAAGGUAUGUAAAUAUAAAUGUAUGUUUUGUUUCUUUUGACUUUACAAUAAUGAAUCGCACUUUGUCAUAACGAGAUACUGUUAUAAUGCAUUGUACUCCCACUAUUGUCUUCAAUCUUACUUUGAAAACAUCAUCGUAUACAUGACUGCUACCAUAUAAAUCCAGUAAGCAUUUUGUUGAUAAUACUGUUGUUCUGUUUCCUUAAAGGCAAAGUCUUGUAAAUAAACGGAAAGAAAAGAAGGCUCUGCCUGUUGCUUGCUGAUGCAGUCUGGGAUUGUUGGAAAGUUUCUCCCGCUUUUGUAAUAUUAUUGACACAAAUGUCGCUCGAGCACCCGGUUACGACUCCCAAACAAUUUGGCAAAACUUAAUUAACAGCAUGCGUCACAUGUUGGAAGAAUAAAAUCCGAUUUUAUUCUGGAGGCCGUCACACAGUGGGUACAAUGCAAUCACAAUGUACAUUGUGUUAAAUGCUACAUUUCCUUUUUGGUUGUUGAUGUUGUUUUUAAACGUGGAGAUAUUUUAUUGCUUGUCUGUUAUGUUCACUUUUUUUUCCAAUUGAAAACUCAUAUUUUCUUUAUGCAUGAAAUUUGAGUUUGCCAUACAUAUAGUCAGUUAUUGGGCAUUGAUGCUGUACAUGUAAAGGUUUUAUUGUGUUAUGCAAUUUAAAGCAAUUUGUCUUAUUUAGAAGAUGAAAAAGGUAAUAAAAAAAAACAACACACAGUAUAUUGCUCUUAAGAAAAACAAACUUCACACUUGCAAAAAAAACAAAAGACGACAAAAAAAAAGAAGAAGAAGAAGAAGAAGAAAAAAAAAAGUUGAUGCAAUGCUGGACAACCUUAAGUGCCUGGACAUGGGCCAAAGGUUUCCAGAGUAGGAAAACUGAUGACAAAGCUGUCGGGGCUGGGCCUCUCAUCAACUUCCUGUUUGCAGGUUUCAAAUUAAAAGCCCCUCCCUCGCUCAGCAGCUCUUUUUAUCAGUAUUCUUAAAACCAACCAGUUUACAAACUUUGUGUUGAACAAAUGCUAGAAGCUUGAGGAUUGUUUUUCCCUGAAUGAGUGCUUUAUUUUCUUCAUCUGAAAUCAAUGAUAUGCAUGUUCAAACAAUUUUUAUAGAAGAUCUUGAAAAGCCACUUGCUUCGGCGAAUUGUUACUUUGGGUUGUAUAUAGAGACUGUCGAGGAUAAUAAAGAGGGCAUUACGUUAAAAGCCCUUUUCUUACCUAACAUUAUUGAUGUUGCUCAGAGAUCGACACUGCGUCUGCGACUUUGGCAGACCUACAAUUGGUACAUUUUGUAGUUGUUUUUACACUCAAAAGAGUUGAUAGCCUAUGUGUAGUUUACUUUACUCAUGGUUUUCUACAAAAGAAGGGAGACAAUAACGACAUCGGCUCUUCACUCUCCCACGCAAAACGUAAAAAAGCAGUUUAACAGCGUCUUGUUUUCUAAAGGACAACCGUUUUGCUAAAUAAUGGACAGUAAAGCAGCAAUAACAGUCCAUAUUAAUAGACAAAUAACUAGCCAGUGUGAAGAUUUGAAUAAGAAUUUACAAAUGUAAAUAUUUUUUUCAUUUAUAAUAUUGUAUAAUAUAUGUACAUGGUGUUUCCUUUUUCAAAAAGAAAUCUUUUCUUACAAUAGCUGUCUUGUUUUUUUUGUUUGGGUUUUUUAAAAAUUUGAUUUGUGUUUUAACUGAACAGCAGUGCGUAAGAGACUAUUCCCUACAUACACAUUUUAAUCCAUUUCUUUUUCUUUUUUUUUUACUGUAGAGUCUUUAUAUUGAAUGACUUUUUUCACCAGUUCAUAUAUAUUUUUAACAGUAUGUUGAGUAUCAGAUAGCAGGCCUACCGUAUGGGUCACACACGACUACGCCACCUUGCAGAUUGUUUCCCCCUCAUCCUCAUGUAUCUUUUUAGCCCUGUGCUGCUGCUAAUACUAUACAAACCUUACAAUUCUAGAACUAUUUUUAUGUAAGAGGUAAAUGUAAGCUUUUCCAUUCAUUAAUGCCACAUAUACAGUAUGAAAAAAAGCUUAGCUUCUUCAUCUAUCCUCCUUGUUUCCCUCAUCCUUUCACGCCUUUUUCCUCAUCCCUCCUUCAGCAACACCCUUCCUCUUCUCUCACGACACGGACUAUAUUGUAAAGUAAAGGACUUUAUGAGAUUAUGUUUGAAAAUAGCUCUGCUUAUAUACUACAGUGACUGAAUGUACAGUGUAUAGAUGCAUUACCAGAAAUAAAGUUGUUUGUCCAGAUUGAA